CCAUUUAUGGUGCACAUAAAUGAGAGACAAACAACAAAGUGCACCCAGUCGAAGCUACGAUCUCAGGAUGGAGAACAGCUGCUGGAAACUGAUCCUGGCCUUUGGGGUGCUGUUGGUCAGCACACAUGCAGAAGCUUCAUUUUCCAGGCGCAUGGAAGACUUCAUCAAAGCGGUGCAGCAGGUGGAAGAUGAGGAUCCUGGGUCGGAGCCAGUAGCUGUGCUGAAGAGGCUGCGGAGGGCAGCUGGCCUUAAUGAUGCAUUCAUCCAGCACUUCCUUGCAAACGCCAACUCCAGCGGUCCCGAACUGAAUGCCAACCGCUCAGAUUACAUUAGCAAGGUUGUGCAUCACCGGGUGACAGAGGACGGCAAAGAGGAAGGAGUGGUUCUGACUCCUGAUGGUACCACUGUCGCCCUCAGGCAGCUCCUCCUGGGCAUCGAGGCUGGUCUCCUGUCCAAACAUCAGGGGCGUGUUAGAGGUCUCUACCAACUCACUCUGGCCAGAGAUCUCAGCCUUUCUCUGCGCUCUCUGUCUCAGCGCCUUGGGUCAGACGGCUGCUGGGACAACAUCAGCUCUCCCCAGGUGUUCACCCUCUCAGACAGCCCCUCUCUGCUCACCACCGCUCAGGUCAACGGAGGCAUGGACGGCGUGGUGUUGGGGAUGGAGGUCUCUGCCAAACCCAGACGUCCCCUCAAGCUGAGCAGUCUGCUGACAGAGUACUACUGCCACCAGCUGGACAGCAGAGGGCUGGACGCCGCCCCUCGCCUCAUCAGCCAACGCCGCAGGGAGAACUUCAAAACGCUGGUUGUCCCUCCGGUGUUGGUCAGACAUGUGGUGAAAUCAGAAGAGCUGCAGCAGAGGCUGACGGGACGCUCUGAGAUGGAGGCGAAGAAGAAAAGGCAACUGACGGCUGCGGUGAAGGAGGGAAUGAAGGAGUUUGUCCACAUGUACAUGGAAUGUCCACCCAUCAUCCCUCGGUGUAUGUGGGAUGCAAAACCAUACAAAGGAACACCCACCAUCCUGUCUCUGCCUCUGUCCUUCCUGUUCAUCCACCACACUGCCACUCCAAGCCAGCCCUGCCUCACCUUCGAGCAGUGCUCUGCAGACAUGCGCUCCAUGCAGCGCUUCCACCAGGAAGACAGAGGCUGGGAUGACAUAGGAUACAGCUUCGUCGCAGGCUCUGAUGGGAACAUCUACGAGGGCCGAGGGUGGCACUGGCAAGGAGCCCACACCUAUGGACACAACUCCAAAGGCUUCGGAGUCUCCUUCAUUGGAGACUACUCCUUCAGACUGCCCUCUCAGCACUCCAUGGGGCUGGUCAGAGAUCAGCUGGCGUCCUGUGCUGUUGGCGGUGGGCGACUGGUAGCUGAUUUCACCCUGCAGGGCCACAGACAGGUGGUGGACACUUCUUGUCCUGGAGAUGCCCUCUAUGCUGAGAUAAAAACCUGGGCACACUUUGGGGAGGUCAAGAAACAAGAAUGAUCUCCUCAACAAGAGGAAGAGCCUUCAAUACUUCAAAAAAAAAAAUCACACAAUAAAUAACAUUUCUAUGUG